AUGGGUGCCGACACGGUCGAAGAAGCGAUUACGCUAUACGAAACGUCUAACUCUAUCAUGAAGGAUGCGGGCAUGAACUUGAGAAAAUGGGCCUCCAACGACAAGCGCGUGCAGCACAUAAUGAACGAAGCGGAAGCAGAUGCGGUACCGGCAGACACGAACCUUAAGCUGUCUAGAAUCUCCAAGGUGCUGGGAAUGAUUUGGGACAAGGACAGUGACAGUUUCAAGUUUUCGAAACUAUGGAAACUGGGAGUGAACUGGGAUGAAGAAAUACCUGAGGAACUAUAUGUCGAAUGGUCCAACUGUUGCAGAGACAUUCCUAACAUCUACGCAGUACAUGUGCCAAGACACAUUAAGAAUGGACAAAAAACACCGUUUAAAGAAGUCCAGUUGCACAUAUUCGUGGACGCCAGCACACAGGCAUAUGGAGCAUGCGCCUAUCUAAGAAUCGAAGAUAACAGCGGGGACGUUGGGACUACCUUAGUUACCGCAAAGGCAAGAGUGGCGCCUCUUAAGGUAUUGUCUUUGCCACGAUUGGAGCUCAUGGGAGCCACAAUUGGAACGAGGCUGCUGGAAUACCUAGGUUGUACGUACACAGAGCUUAAAGAAACAUACACCAUGUGGACCGACUCGACAGUUGUGCUAAGUUGGAUAAGAGGUCCGGCGAGCAGGUGGAAGCCAUUUGUCAAACACCGCGUUCUAGAAAUUCAAACUAAGAGCGUGCCAGAGAAAUGGAGACAUUGCCCGGGAGACACUAACCCAGCAGACCUGCUGACAAGAGGAGAAUCUCCAUCGAUUCUUCGCGAUAGCUGUCUGUGGUGGAAAGGGCCGAAAUGGCUCAUUUCUGGAGCAGAUGACUGGCCGGAAACCCCACCUCAAUUAGGGGAAUUCAAUGAGCUCGAAACAAAUGAGUUGAAACCGACCCAGGUGUACCUGCAGACAGAUGGUCAAGAAACGGCCGCACUUUUUGAUCUAAAGAAGUGCAACGGGUAUCAGAAGGUGCUUAGAAUAACAGCCUGGGUGACGAGGUUUGCGCGUAACAGCAGUUCUAAAGAAAAUAGACAAGUCGGCCAAUUGGAGGCCGUAGAAUAUGCUGCAGCAGAACAAUAUUGGAUAAAGCAAGCUCAAGGACAAGCCUUCUCAAGGGAGAUUCAGUUACUUUCUAGCAAUCAGGACAUUGAGCCGGCCUCUCCUCUUUCGGAUCUGCACCCAUUUCUGGACCAUGAUAAUACGCUCAAGGUAACGGGACGGCUGCAACAAUUCAACGCCCCUUGCUCCGUGACACAGCCAAUCAUAUUACCGAACGAUCAUCAUCUGACUGAGCUGAUUAUUAUGGAUGCUCAUUAUCAAGUCGGCCAUGAAGGAGUAUCUAGCACCAUGGCCACCCUCCGACAGCGAUUUUGGAUACCUCGAGCACGACAGCGGAACGAGUGA